CAUGUUCCUAGUUGCUCCAUAAUAUAAACUUUUAUGAAAUAUUUCGUUAAAAAGUUGUAUCCAGAACAAGAUAAAGAUAUUAAAAUAACUUUUUUGAAAUUAAAUAUCGAAUAAUUACAAAAAUCUAUCAUUAUAAGCAUAUUAAAACUCUACAGCUUAAAAAAAAACACAAAUUCAAUAAUUUUUUUUUGAAUUAAAUUACAGAUUAAAUGGAGGAAAAUUUGGAAAAUACAGAUCGUCGCCCUCAAUUUGGUAAUCGAUAUUUAGAAGAUGAAACCGAGGUAUUCGAACACAAUGCGUGGGAUGAUGUGGAGUGGACAGAUGAAUUAGAAAAUGAAGCAAAAUUAAAAAUUUUAAAAAAUUCAAAAAUAACAUUGAAUUCAGAAAACAUUCACGAUUAUGAGAAUAACGCUCACGAAUAUUGGAAUAGUUUUUAUAACAUACAUCAAAAUCGAUUUUUCAAGGAUCGGCAUUGGUUGUUCACAGAAUUUCCAGAGCUUGCGCCAAAUUUCGAUGCUCCUGAACGAGUACAACGGGACGAUAUUAAAUCAAGUCAGACGAUUGAUAUUAAUCCAGAAUCCAUAUUUGAAAUUGGAUGUGGAGUUGGUAACACCGUUUUUCCAAUUUUACAAUAUAAUAAAAAUGAAAAUUUAAAAGUUUAUUGUAGUGAUUUUUCAUCGAAUGCAAUAAACAUUUUAAAAGAAUCGCCGGAAUACGAAAAACGAUGUCAUGCAUUCGUUUUAGAUGUGACUAUAGAUUCAUGGAAUGACUUUGUUCCAUUUCAACCGAACUCUUUGGAUAUAAUCAUUAUAAUCUUUGUUUUAUCAGCGAUUGCGCCACAAAAAGCUAGCCAUGUAAUUAAACAAUGUUUUAAAUAUUUACGACCUGGUGGUUUAGUACUAUUUCGUGAUUAUGGUCGCUAUGAUUUAGCACAGUUGCGAUUUAAACCAGGUCGAUGCUUAGCUGAAAAUUUUUAUGUUCGCGGUGACGGUACACGAGUGUAUUUUUUUACCCAAGAUGAAGUUCGUUCAAUUUUUAUCGAAAAUGGUUUUAAAGAAGUACAAAAUAUUGUUGAUAGACGUUUACAAGUGAAUCGAAGUCGUCGUUUAAAAAUGUACCGAGUUUGGAUUCAAGGAAAAUAUGUUAAACCGCAAACAUAAUUAAAAAAUUUGCCAUGCUCUUA